AUAAUGUUUAAACAGUGUUGAGAAAUAGGCAUGCUUGCUUACAGAUGUCAUGUCAAGAUAAGCAUAAGUGUGUAGCGUACCGUACAGCUUAUUGAGAUAAUUGCUUAUAAUUGCUUAAUAUUUCUUGGCAAAUACCGGGACAAAUUCAAAAAUGAGUGACGACUUUUCAAGAAAACCCUUUUCUCUUGUGCCUGCACCUACUGUUGAGGAAGCAUCAAGAAACUACACUUCACAUUCAAGCUCGUUAAGCAGCGCUCCUGUCUCUCCUUAUCUAAACUAUGACUCGCGGUUUCUGCAGCAGCCUGAGUUCAUCUUUCCAGAGGGUGCAAACAAACAGCGUGGACGGUUCGAACUGGCUUUUUCGCAAAUAGGCACUUCGGUUAUGAUUGGAGGCGGAAUUGGAGGCAUGGCGGGUGUCUAUAAUGGUUUCAAAGUCACCAACAUGCUUAAUCAAUCGGGGAAAUUGAGGCGAACGCAGUUAAUAAAUCACAUAAUGAAGCAAGGUUCUGGUACAGCAAACACACUAGGUACAUUAGCUGUGCUAUAUUCAGCGUGUGGAGUGCUGUUGCAGUUCGUCCGUGGGGAGGAUGACCAUGUUAACACAGUGAUUGCCGGAUCUGCCACAGGGUUGCUAUACAAAUCUACAGCAGGCCUACGCAGGUGUGCCCUUGGAGGCGCUAUUGGGUUGGGCAUAUCAUCGCUCUAUUGCUUAUACCUUUUAGCGCUAGAGAACAACAUAAGCUCAAGUCCGAAAUUUCUGUAGAUGGAUAAAAUGUUAAGAAGUUGAUACGCUUUAAACAGUAAAAAAAAGGAGUUUUGUUUAAUAUUAUAAGAAAAUAUAUGUCUUUAUUUUGACGCUUUCAGCAGGUUAAGCUUGUUUGGGACUUAUAUGUUAUAAGAUUGAGAUAUUAAUCGUCAAAUAAUAAAACCAUGUUCAGCGCAAA